AUGUUGAUCAUGGAUACGGAAACCCCUCCGGACAUUAUAGCGGUACAAGAAUCUGGAGACAAAUGUAACCUGCCAGGGUACGCAAGAUUCGAUGCAGAAGUUCAGCCAACCGGAAAAACGAUUCAUACUUUCGUCAGACGACAUCUCCCAGUCAAGCAACACGAAGUUGACCUGGAUGAAUCGGUGAAAGCAAUAGUCACGGAAAUUAUACCGAAGAAAAAGAAGCACAAAAGCUUAUUCAUCUGUAACGUUUACUCGAACCCCAAAGACACCACGAGCGCAUGCGCCAAGGUCUUUGCGGAGACGAGCCGCGUAGCGGGUGAAAAUCCGACACUGGUGCUGGGCGAUUUCAAUGCGCACAACACCAUAUGGGGCUACGGCAGAGACACACCCAAGGGGAGGGAAAUCGCCAACCAAGCCGAGUUGCACGAAGCUUUUCUCCUCAACGAAGUUGCGGACUGCACCAGGAUCGGAAACAGUGCUCAGAAAGACACGAACCCGGACCUCACAUUUGGUAUCAACAUCGAUGACUACACGUGGCUGAACACGCGUGAAAAUCUCGGCAGCGAUCACUACGUCAUCGAGACGAGGGUCCCUCUGCCCGGAUACAAGAGCGCAAAAUUCCCAACGCAGAAAUGCACGGACUGGGACAAGUUCAGGCAGAAACGGAAAGACAGGCCGUUGCACACGAUCGAAGAAUGGUGCGCACAGCUAGUCGAAGAUCACGAGUCUGUUACGACCGAAGUAGAAAAUCCUACCCAAGCCCGGACCAUGGAUAGUAAACUCCAGCAUAUGCUAGAAGCUUACCGCUCCAUAUACAGACGAUGGAGGAACACUGGAAAGCGGUACCGUAAAUUGAGGAAAAAAGCGGCCAAGCUCAGUAAGGAGAUUGAAGAACACGCUCAGAAAUUAAAUCAACAACAGUGGCAGCAAAUAUGUGACGAACUGCAGGGAAGGCUUCACACCAAGAGUCCAUGGACCCUAUUCAGGCGCAUGUUGGCGCCGGAAGAUACCAAACUCGAGAAGCGCAAACUCCUAGCGAAACUCGUCAGAGACCUCAAGGAUGACGAAAUCUAUAACAAACUCAGGACGCAAUACUUAGAAUCUCCGCCAUCUACUACUGAGAUUCCAACGGAAUACGAAGGGGCCAUAAACGACAAGCUGGACGCGCCCAUCACCGAAAGCGAAGUCAGAAAGGCCAUGGCUGGAGUCAAAACAACUUCCGCACCAGGCCAAGACAAGAUUACGAACCGCAUGCUACGAAACCUUGACGACAAUUCCGUGGAGCGAAUCACGGAAUACUUUAACGAGCUAUGGACUAGCGGAAACCUUCCAAGCAGUUUCCGACACGCCACGGUCUGCUUUAUACCGAAACCGGGCAAGCCACUCAUGUUGGAGAACUUGCGCCCGAUUUCCCUCACAUCUUGCGUGGGCAAGCUACUUGAACGCAUUAUUCAAGUACGUGUUCAAGAGUACAUGGAGGAGAACAACCUGUUUACGCACCAGAUGUUCGGAUUUCGAAGACACCUGUCGACGCAGGACGUGUUUAUACAGCUCAGAGAGGAAGAAGACAAUAAGAAAUGGACCGCCCUAGCAGCACUCGAUCUGAAGAAAGCCUUUGACCGCAUAUCACACGCGGCUAUACUCAGGCAAAUCUCGGAGCUAGGACUAGGGAAGCGAACGUACAACUAUGUUCGCUCGUUCCUAUCAGAUAGGACGGCAAACAUUCAGCUAGAAGGAGACACGUCCGAAACCUUCCCAGUAAAUGUUGGCAGCGGAACUCCUCAAGGAGCAGUAAUAUCUCCGCUCCUCUUCAACAUUGCCAUGCUGCCAAUGUCGCGGAAACUUGAGCAAGUCGCGGGGCUGCAGCACGCAAUCUACGCUGACGACAUCACGAUUUGGACAGCGCACCACUCACCAUACAUGGGGAAAGUGAUGAAAGCCGGCGUAGAAAUUGUCAAAGAAGAAGCUGCAAAGAUGGGUCUGGAGCUUGCAACUGAAAAAUCGGCGCUCCUAGUCAGACCACCGUCGCAGAGAGCUCUAAGAGAAGAGAUGGAAUUCUACCUCAAGCUGCAAAACAUCGACGUACCGAGAGCCGAAAAAGUUCGAAUUCUCGGCAUGACGGUAACCAUCAAGAGGGAGCAGAGCAGUCUCAUCGCUGACAUCAAGAGAAACGCCGACAACGUAGCGAGACUCGUGAGAAGAGUAUCACGAAAGAGCUACGGAUUGAAGGAGAAUGGAACAUGCCGACUAGUCCAAGCCUUCGUCCUCAGCAGGAUAAUGUACGCGGCGCCGUACAUGAAUCUGACCGAGGCUUCGAUCAAGCAACUCAACUUAAUUGUGAGGAAAGCUUUCAAGAUAGCACUGAGCAUACCAGUAUCCACGUCUACAGAAGCGAUGGAACAACUAGGAAUAUACAACAGCUUCGAGGAAAUGAGAUCUGCACAGAAGCAGUCGCAAGUACUACGGCUCUCUAGAACGGAAACGGGACGCAGGACUCUCCAGAGAAUCAAGGAAUGUGAACAACACGUCCUCACAAGCAGAAAUGCAAUAUCCCACGAAUGGAAAGAUUCGGUACGAGUUCCGCCCCUACCGAAAAACAUGGACACCGAGAGAAAUAAGGACAGGAGAGAAGCCAGAGCCAAAGCACUGGACAAGCUCCACGGCGACCGGGAACAUGUUUACCACGCAGACGCAGGCCCGUGCCCAGGAACAUGGAACAAGUACGUGAUAGCAGUCUGCAGCACCAACGACAAGACUACGGCCUCUGUCUGUGCGGAGAAUAUUGACGAGGCAGAAGAAGUAGCCGUCGCCUUGGCCUUAACCAUGGCGGCAUCCAGAACCAAACAAGCCACAAUCACCUCAGACUCGAGAACGGCCAUCUCGAACUUUGGUGAUGGAAAGGUUGGCAAGGCAGCCCGCAUGAUCCUUCAGAAGAAGACACCGCAGACAGGAUCCAGAUUCUCGUUAACCUGGGUGCCCGGACACUCUGGACACUCGGGAAACGAAGAGGCCCACGCACUCGUAACCCGUGCACAACAAAUCCGGGCGACGAGCUGCCGAGCCACAACGGACGGAGACCACUGCUACGGGGCCGCGCCAUACGACAGAGGCCCUCGAGCGUACAACGAUAUUCUAAGAAGUAUCCGAAUGCAGCGCAAGUUCAUGGGCGCCCCUCAUAAGCGACUCUCGCGAACCCAAGAAUCGACGUGGAGAAGACUUCAGCUACAUAACACCCUAACUCCCCGCAUGCUGAGCAGAAUCUGGCCGGAUCUCUUCAGCGACAAGUGCGAGGAAUGUGGUGGUAUUGAUGGUGGCUGGGCGCACACGUAUUGGACGUGCCCGAGCAACCCGAUACCAGCCACGCUCCAAAGCAGACUGGACGAUCAAGACGAAGAUCUUCCCUGGUGUGUGCUCCUGGCCUCAGAGGACUACGAAACACAGUUGGCAGUGAUUCUAAGGACACUAGAAAUAGAGCAUCGGUUAAAGACCCGAUUGUCAGAAAGAAGAUCCCUCCCCUAUUCCCCUCCCUAACGAACCCUCGUUUUGGGCAUAAGCCCAUUUAAUAAGGUUCAAUAAAGUUGCUGACUGACUGAC